AUGAAAUUGUUGUUGUUGGAUCAGAAUGCGCAGGACUAUGAACUUAUUCAAGAUUUAUGUUAUCGUCGUCAACAGUUGAAAUCACGUAUUCGGGCUGUGGUUUAUCGUUUGUCAAAUGAUUUGCAACGAGUUCGGAAUGUUUUGAUUGGCGGCGAUAAUUUAGAUACGGUCGUAUUAGUAAUAGCAUGCAAUCGUUCUGAAGCAUUAAAAGAACAUCUUGAAACUCUAAUGAACCUGCAGGGCCCAAAGAUUCCAGUUGUUGUUAGUCUUGAUUGCAAUGAUGAGAGAACUCGUGAUGUUGUUAUUACUGCGGGCCAAAAUAUUACAAUGAUUGAAAAUCCAGACCAGUCUUCGUUUAAUUUAACUAAACAGAAUAAAAAGUAUGAAGGAUAUUAUCGGAUUGCAAGACAUUAUCGUUUUGCUUUGGAUUACGUUUUUACCGUAUUAGGAUAUCGUACUGUUAUUGUGACAGAAGAUGAUUUGAUGCUCGCUCCAGAUUUUUUGGAAUAUAUGGUGGCAGCUAAAAAGUUACUGUUUGAAGAUCCGACAGUUUGGUGUAUAUCAGCUUGGAAUGAUAAUGGAAAGGAACAACUUAUUGUGAAUAAUAAUUCAUUAUUGCAUCGUACUGAUUUUUUUCCAGGUGAUUUGAUGCAUUAG